UUUAAACUAACAAAGGAAGGUUCUCCUUCCGGAGUUAAACUAUAACUGUUAUCAUCAAAUAAUCGUGUGAAUUUAUUCUGACUCUUACGUGAACAGAGCAGUGUUAAAACAAGGUACGUCCAGCAUUUACUGGUUAUCCAGUGAGAGUUUUAGGCACUGAACAAUAGCAGAGCGUUUUUGGAGAUGAAGUUGGUUUGUUUGAUUCUGCUAAUUUUAGAUGGAAUUACAGAUUCAAUACAUUUUGUUUUUUUGUUUUUACAUCCAUGCUUUCUUUCACUUAUAACAGAUCAGUUUGCAGUUGUGGGAUCUGCAGAUCCUGUGUUUGCAUUUGCUGGUGAAGAUGUGCUUCUGCCCUGUUCCGUCAAACCCAACAUCAGUGUUGUGGACAUGAAAGUGGAGUGGUUUAGACUUGAUCAGAAAUACUCAGUAGUUCAUCUCUAUGAGGAUCAUGUAGACAGAAACACAGAGCAGAUUCAGUCCUACAAAGGGAGAACUGAACUCAAUCAUCAGCAGCUACAGACAGGAAACGCAUCACUCAGACUAUCAGCAGUGACAGUGUCUGAUGAUGGACGUUAUAAGUGUUUUAUUCAGUCCAGCUCCUGGUCUGAUGAUGCCACGAUUAAUUUUAAAGUUGAAGCUGUAGGAAGUCCUCCAGUGAUCACAGUAGAUGGAUUUGAUCGUUCAGGAGGGCUUCAUCUACAGUGUGAUGCUGAAGGUUGGUAUCCUGAACCUGAUCUUGAGUGGCUGGACAGUGAAGGAGUCAAAUUGAGUCCAGAAACUACAGAAACACACAGAAACACAGAUGGAUUCAGUGUGAAACACACCGUCACUGUUCAUCAGAGAGACGGCAAGAUUCACUGCAGAGUCAAAAUGAAGCAUCACAUGAUGGAGACACUGAUCAGCUCCACAAGGAAUAUGUAUAUUUACUGGAGGACAUCAGUAACUGUGAUUUCAGUGUCAGUUGUGUUCACUGUGAUUGCUGGAAUACUGAUUGCUGUUGCUGUUUAUAAAUACAGAGAAUACAAACAACUACAGCGUGAGAACAGCAGUAUGAAAAGUGCUAUCAAUCAUUUAAGAAAACUCAUGGUGAAAGUGACUCUAGAUGCUGAAUCUGCUCAUCCUAACCUCAUCGUGUCUGAAGAUGGAAAGCAAGUGAAAUGUGGAAACACACAAACAGUGAAUGAGGGAAAUAACAGGUUUACUUAUUAUCUUGGUGUUCUGGGAAAGGAGGGAUUUUGUUCAGGGUGUUUUUACUUUGAAGUGCAGGUGAAGGAUCAAACUGUGUGGUAUUUAGGAGUGGCCAGAGAAUCUGCUAACAGGAAGGACUGGAUCCGUCCGAGUCCUGGGAAUGGCUACUGGACUGUAUGUCAGAGAUAUAAAGAGUAUAAUGCUUUAAAUGACUCUUUUUCUCUGAGUGUGAUACCUCUGAGGGUCGGUGUGUUUGUGGAUUAUGAGAAGGGUUUAGUCUCUUUUUAUGAUGUUGAGUCCAUGUCUCAUAUCUACUCUUACACUGGUCAGGCUUUUAAUGAGAAACUCUAUCCUUUUGUGUGUUUGGGGUAUUACAGGAAUAAAAACUUUACACCACUGAUUAUCUGUGAUGUUACUAAUGAGAAGAGUAAAUGAAUUUAUAUGAUCAGGUCAAGUAAAAGAAAA